CGGAGCAGGACGUCCGUGUCCGCGGCUCCUCGCCACUUCUGCCGGCCUGCGCUCGGCUCCGGCUCCGAAAGCUCAGUUGGGAACAGCGUCCACAAUGAAGACACCAUGGAAAGUUCUCCUGGGAGUGCUGGGGGCUGCGGCGCUGGUCACCGUCAUCACUGUGCCCGUGGUGCUGCUGAACAAAGCAGAUGAUGCUGCAGCUGACAGCCGCAGAACUUACUCUCUGUCUGACUACUUAAAAAAUACUCUACGAGUGAAGUCCUAUUCUUUGCGGUGGAUUUCAGAUCAUGAAUACCUCUACAAACAAGAAAAUAAUAUCUUGCUAUUCAAUGCUGAAUCUGGAAACAGCUCCAUUUUUUUGGCGAACAGUACAUUUGAUGACCUUGGCUACACUAUAAGUGAUUAUUCAGUAUCUCCUGAUAGACUGUUCAUUCUCUUGGAAUACAACUAUGUGAAGCAAUGGAGGCAUUCCUACACAGCUUCAUAUGAUAUUUAUGACUUAAAUAAAAGGCAGCUGAUUACAGAGGAAAGAAUUCCAAAUAAUACACAGUGGAUCACGUGGUCUUCAGAAGGUCAUAAAUUGGCAUAUGUUUGGAAGAAUGAUAUUUAUGUUAAAACUGAACCAAACUUACCAAGUCAGAGGAUUACACAGAAUGGGAAAGAAGAUAUGAUAUUUAAUGGAAUAACUGACUGGGUUUAUGAAGAGGAAGUCUUUGGUGCCUACUCUGCUCUGUGGUGGUCUCCAAAUGGCACUUUUAUAGCAUAUGCCCAAUUUAACGACACUGGAGUCCCACUUAUUGAAUAUUCCUUCUACUCGGACGAGUCAUUGCAGUACCCGAAGACUGUGUGGAUUCCAUAUCCAAAGGCAGGAGCCGUGAAUCCAACUGUAAAAUUCUUUGUUGUAAAUAUAGACUCAGCUACCAAUCCAACUUCCUUCCAAAUCACUGCUCCUACAUCUGUGAUAAAAGGGGACCACUAUUUGUGUGAUGUGACAUGGGUCUCAGAAGAAAGAAUCUCUUUGCAGUGGCUCAGGAGGAUUCAGAAUUACUCUGUGAUGGACAUCUGUGACUAUGAUAAGUCCAACCUAACAUGGAAUUGCUUAUUGGCACAGCAGCAUGUUGAAACAAGUACUACAGGCUGGGUUGGAAGAUUUAAACCAGCAGAACCUCAUUUUACCUCUGAUGGUAAUAGUUUCUACAAGGUCAUCAGUAAUAAAGAAGGUUACAGACACAUAUGCCUUUUCCAAAAAGAAAAUAAACCCAAUCAGGACUGCACAUUUAUUACUGAAGGAGCCUGGGAAGUAGUUCGGAUAGAAGCUGUGACCAGCAAUUAUCUAUACUACAUCAGUAAUGAAUAUAAAGGAAUGCCAGGAGGAAGAAAUCUUUAUAAAGUCCAACUUAAUGACCACACAAAGGUGACAUGCCUUAGUUGUGAUCUCAACCCAGAAAGGUGUCAGUAUUAUUCGGUGUCCUUUAGCAAACAGGCCAAGUAUUAUCAGCUGAGGUGUUCAGGUCCUGGACUGCCUCUCUAUACUUUACAUAGCAGCUCAAAUGACAAAGAACUAAGAGUGCUAGAAGACAAUUCAGCUUUGGAUACAAUGUUACAGGAUGUUCGAAUGCCUUCCAAAAAACUGGACUUCAUUAUUUUGAAUGAAACAAAAUUUUGGUAUCAAAUGAUCUUGCCUCCACAUUUUGAUAAAUCCAAGAAAUAUCCUCUGCUAUUAGAAGUCUAUGCAGGCCCCUGUAGUCAAAAAGCAGAUACUAUCUUCAGAUUGAACUGGGCCACCUACCUUGCAAGUACAGAAAAUAUCAUAGUAGCUAGCUUUGAUGGCAGAGGAAGUGGCUACCAAGGAGAUAAAAUCAUGCAUGCAAUCUACAGAAGACUGGGAACAUUUGAAAUUGAAGAUCAAAUUGAAGCAGCCAGACAAUUUUCAAAAAUGGGAUUUGUGGACAGCCAGCGAAUUGCAAUUUGGGGCUGGUCAUAUGGAGGGUACGUAACCUCAAUGGUCCUGGGAUCGGGGAGCGGUGUGUUCAAGUGUGGAAUCGCAGUGGCGCCUGUGUCCCGGUGGGAGUAUUAUGACUCAGUGUACACAGAACGUUACAUGGGCCUCCCAACUCCAGAAGAUAACCUUGGCAACUACAAGAAUUCAACAGUCAUGAGCAGAGCUGAAAAUUUUAAACAAGUUGAGUACCUCCUUAUUCAUGGAACAGCAGAUGAUAACGUUCACUUUCAGCAGUCAGCACAGAUCUCCAAAGCCCUGGUGGAUGCUGGAGUGGAUUUCCAGGCAAUGUGGUACACAGAUGAAGACCAUAGCAUUGGCAGCAGCACAGCACACCAGCACAUCUAUACCCAUAUGAGCCACUUUAUAAAACAAUGUUUCUCUCUACCUUAGCACCCCUCACCAAAUGCUAUUACAGCUUAUUAAAAACCAUGUUUUAUGCUCAUUAGUUCCAAACUGCACUGCUAAGUGAUGAUCUUUUAAAAAAUAAUUUUCAAAUUAAGAAAUGCAAGGUUACCUUUGUUCUCAAAUUGCAUUAACUAUAAUCAUAGCUAAGAAAUUUCUGCCUCGCAACAGAUUAUUACCUUCCAGCAAUUUGGAUUGUUCAGUCUGAUUUUGUUUAUCAUUUAAAAUCAUUUCUAUAUCAGCUGCUGAAACAACAAAUAUAAAUUAUUUUUAUGAAAGCUUGGUAUAGAAUAGUGUUUCAAUUUUUUUCUAACUAGACUAGUCCAAAUCUUGUCCUCUUCUUUAAAAGGAUGGCAAGAUAUGGGCAAUGAUGUCAGUAUGUAAGGAUUAGAGGAACGGAGUGGGGAGAGAUGGCAGGACAUGGCUAGAAACCCAAGUCCAAGUCCCAGCACACAUACCCGACCAGGCUACUGUCAGCUCCCCUCAGAGAAGAGCUGUUCACAGCCAGACUGGCACAGUUUUCUGAGAAAGACUAUUCAAACCGUCUCAGGAAAUCACAUAUGCAAAGCACUGACUUCUAAGUAAAACCACAGCAGUUGAAUCGACUCCAGAGAAAUGCAAGAGAAACUGCCAGCAAUGUAAGGCCCCCAGGUGCCAGUUAUGGCUAUAGGUGCUACAGAAACACAGCAAGGGUGAUGGGAAAGCAUUGUAAAUGUGCUUUAAAAAAUAAUUAUGCUUUCUAGUGAAAUGAGUAGCUUGGAACUGAGAUGUGAACACAUCAGCUUGCCCUGCUAAAAGUCUAAACUGUUCAUAUCACCAAUUCUAAUUUGAAGCCUUGCUUUAAUUUUCCUUUUUCAUUUCGUUUAGCAUCUUAAUUAAAAUAUUUUAACUUCCUUGAAUUGUGUUUUUUACAAAAUAUAAAAUAAACUAUAAUGCUGUAUAUUGGUAGUUCCAUUUUACAUGCUGUGGAAUUUCUCCUGGUCAUUUAAUAAAUAUGUCUUCAUUUUUCAGA